AUAAUGAAACAAACGAACUAAAGUACUUAAACUAAAUGUAUCAUGGUGGCUAAACUAAGUGCUACUGCUAAUACAGUAAUUAAUUAAAUUUAAUUUAGGUUAACUUGAAAACUUGUGAAGCAGAUGAAGUGGUUACAAGUUUUACUUUUUGCUUUAUUAUGACAUUCGUUCGGGAAAUUGACAAUGUGAUAAAAAAAUAACAUCCUCCAUUUAUUACAACCUUUACUCAAACAAAGACUAUAUUAAUGGGUUGUUUUAAGUCAUUGCUGGGUAAAAUACAACAUAGCUAAUUGCAAAAUAGAUCAUUAAAAAUAUGAUACUUACAGAGAAUGAUGGAGGGUCUGAGAACAUAAAUUCAAUUGUUUUCAACCAGUCAAAAAAUGAACUAUUCAAACUUGCGGAAAGCUACAAAAUACUACAAAGGAAGCUCAAAGGGAACUGGAAAGUUUUGAGCAACAAGGAUGAGAUAAGUGGGUCAGUGCUGAAUGGUGUGAGUGUGUUUGUUGUCGCCGCUCCUCGUGAGAAGUUUACUGAGAGUGAGUUUAACGUGAUGAAGAAAUACUUGGACAGCGGAGGCAGCCUACUAGUGCUCAUGACUGAGGGUGGAGAGAAGACUCUGCAGACCAACAUCAACUUUCUCCUGGAGGAGUAUGGCAUAAUGGUAAACAACGAUUGUGUGGUGAGGACACAUUACUACAAGUAUUUUCAUCCAAAAGAAUGUUUGGUCGCAAAUGGUGUGCUGAAUCGAGGACUCAUUAAAGACUCUGGGAAAAAAGUCGAGAACUUUGCUCAGGCACUCAGCUUCGUGUAUCCCUUUGGAGCAACGUUGAACAUUGCGCGGCCAGCUACAGCUGUGUUGUCAAGUGGUACAGUUGCCUUCCCUCUCAACCGGCCGGUGAUGGCAUUUUAUGGCAGUGGUGGGAAGCUUGUGGUGCUGGGUUCCAGCCAUCUCCUGUCAGACCAGUACAUUGACAAAGAGGAUAACGACAAGUUGAGAGAGAUCAUUUUCUCAUACCUUACAACUGACCAAGUGCAGCUCAACCCCCUAGAUGCUGAUGAUCCAGAGAUAUCGGACUACGCUCAAGUGCCAGACACGUGUUACUUGGCCGAGCUGCCUCGUGGGUGUGUCCAGGAGGCUGUGGAGGAGGUUCCGCCUGACUACACACGCCUUUUUGAUCACAGCCUCUACUCUGUACACAUGGACAUGGUGCCAGCGGUGAUCGAUGCUUAUGACCAGUUACAGGUUAAACAUGAGCCACUAAAACUCAUCCCUCCGCAGUUUGAGUCUCCGUUGCCUCCUCUACAGCCUGCGGUUUUCCCACCGUCGUUCCGUGAUCUACUACCGCCAGCUCUGGAGUUGUUUGACCUUGAGGAGGCAUUCAGUUCAGAGAGAGCUCGGCUGUCGCAGUUGGCCAACAAGUGUCUCGGCCACGGAGGGAGAGCUAGCAGUGGGGGUAGAGUGGCCGGAGCAGCACUGGAUGACGAAAUAGCAGACCUGGAGUACUGGAUAAGGGAGGCAGGUCAGAUCAUCGGAGUAGGCAGUCCUUUAGACGAUGCCUCCAAGAUCCUACAUGCAGUCACUCUACUCAUCGCUGAGUUUAAGAAGAACAAUGUUUUUACCAAAGAUGAGAAGCUGAUCUAACCACACUAAUGUGUGACCGUCAGGUGAAAAUUAAAACUUUUCAAGUUAUAAAUAAGUGUUUUUGUAUGUGUUAACAGUUUUCAAAUGUACAUCUCAAGCAUCAAUAAUUAACAUUUUCACCUCUCUCUGAUGUGCUAUAUGAUUGUUACAA